AUGUCUACAACCUACAACCAUACGCUCUUCCUCUGGAUCGAAGGCUACUUUCCAAAGCGGAUUGCUUAUUAUCUUCUCUCGAAGGGCAUAUGCUCAUCUGUCGAGCAGCUGUAUGAUGGGAAGACCAACGAGAGCAAUUUGAAAAUCGUGCCCAUCACUUUUACUGGCGAUGGCUUUGUUUCUGAAGACCCCGAAGAGCCUUUACCACCUGGCACCAGAGUGCCCGCACUUCGCCUCGAUGACACCGGAAGCGACAAAUCCAUCUGGAUCCAUGAGACGUGGAGCAUUAUUAACUAUCUGGAAGAAGUGUUCGAUACCAAUAACUACCGACAAAUGUGGGCUACGGACCCUAUCGACAGAGCCAUCACUCAAGACGCCCUCAGCUACAUCGCCCUCGCCACAGACGCCGGGCGAGUCUGGCUCAUUAAUUGCGCUCCAUACAUGGCUGCAUUUUGGAACAUUCCCGAUUCUGAGCUCAGUCUCCCCGUCGGACGUCGCGCCCGACGUGAAGUCGAAGAGCACUUCAAAACACUGCAGAAUGUGUGUGCUGACAAUCUUACCUCAACGGGCUGGCUUACGCCCGCGGCUGACGGAGGUCCGGGCUUGGCUGACGUGAUGCUCGCCGCGACGGUGAGACAUACGGAGUUGAGCUGGAGUGAAUUUAUCCUGGAGGAUGAAGAGCUUGGGAGGUUGAGGGAGUGGUAUGAGAAGUUUAAGACGGUGAAGUUUUGGUAUGAGUUGGAGGAGACGGGGCGGUUCCCUAAUAAUGCGAAACGUGGUGAGGGAUCUGUUCGGAAGUAG